CCGAGAUGCCUAAAGCCGAAACCACAAACUUUCCGGUCUCUGCGUUUUUUGGCGUCGUGAAACCCUCCGGUCCGACUUCGAUGGCUGUCAUAAACGACAUCAAGAUUCUUGUAGCAAGAUCCAAACUUUUCGUGGAGGCGUCCAAGGUGGCUAAGGGCAAGGGCAAAAAGGUGAACCCACGGGCAAGAGGCGAGGUCAAGAUCGGGC